GCGAGAGGCGCGACCCGCGCGGAAUUCCUCGUCGCGCGCGGGGGAUGGCCCGGCCGUUCGUAGAUAGGCGCAGGUGAGAGGGCCCCCGCGAGAAGAAAGGUAAGAGGUCCCACGAUCUCAGGGAUCCCUACCGCGCCGGCCGGCGAGGAGACGCGGCGACGGACGAGCCCCGGUCGAGAGGAAGAGCCCGUCGAGAGCUGAGCCGAGUCGACGUGAUCGCGUCGAGGUGCGCAGUGCUGUCUCUUUUCGCGGUGGACGAGCGUAACCCGGGGCCCCGGUCCGCCGCACGACGCCCAUGCGACACCGAGCAAAAUGCCGAAAAUUGGCCUGCGUACUCUGUGUAGUCUCGUGACGGCGGUCUUGUGCAUCAUUCAGCAGAGUCUUGAACAUGAAAUUCCUAGGAGGAGUUUCCUGUCACGCAGAGCGAUCGAUGGAACUAGAGGAAGGAAAUACUUCGACCCGAACGAGGACGGCGCAUUCGACAGUUAUGGAUCCGCGGGAGGUCAAUACGAUCCGUACGAUCAUAUAACGGAUUUAUCUGACAUCAGAAAAAAUGUCCCAGGUGAGCCAGGCAUCGAUUAUCCCGCCUACACGACAUUACCUCAGACAGGAUUCACGUGUGAAGGACGUUCACGUGGUUACUAUGCCGACGAAGCGGCUGGCUGUCAGGUUUUCCACGUGUGUCAUGACGUGUUGGUGUCCUCCUUUUUGUGCCCGAUCGGCUCAACUUUCAGUCAGAAGCUGCUGACAUGCGAUUGGUGGACCAAGGUGGACUGUGCCUCCACUAGAAGAUAUCUCGAAGUAAACCGCAAUAAUUAUCAAAUUGACGACGAUGAGAUGAUCCGCAACGCAUACGCGAUGAUCAGUCUACAGACCUCUGCGGAGGAUGUCACCAAGGACGGUCUGGUGGACCCCGACAGCGGUGCCAGAAUCAUUGACUAUUCCGCCCUCGGUGGCAGGAUCGUGAUGGGCUACACGCCCGGAUUCCGCAGAAUCACGAAUUAUGCCGCGGUCGAAACGACCGGGAACGAUCUGCCGAGUGGAUUCGAGGAUUAUCCUCAUCAAGACGCGCGACAAAUUCUCAACUAUGAUCUUCAUUAUCCGCAGAAGAAGACGAGUACUGCGUAUCAAAGCAAACUUCGCCUUGAAAACAAAGGGCGAUCACCUUAUCACGCGUCCCCUAUCAUUCGACAUGAUUAUCAGGAUCGACCCGGCGAUAAUGUGUUCCAGAACCACUAUCGCAGACCCGAUGGAUUCACUGAUCGGUUACAGGCAUCCUACGCACCUACUGUUCCCACCGUUACCACUACCACUAGAAGAUUGUACUCGCCUACGGUUCCGACGACCUAUCGACCUUCCACCUUGGCCUAUAGCAAACUGGAUCUGAUGGUAGAUAGCUCCGAUCACCUUUACGCGCAAAGCAAAAGCCUGGUGACCUCACCUACGAUUAUUCAUCAAGAUGAUGACAUGAGAAAGAUUGAUUUGAGAGAGAGUGAAACGGGACACGGCGGCCUGAAGAAAUCGGAGAACGUCUCGUCAUCGCGAACGGAUAAAAACGAUCAGGAAGGCGACAAUGCACGCUCCAAGAAUGACAAAGUGCAUCUUGAUGUCGAGGAGACGUCAGAAACGAGUUUCAGGAUCAACGUAACUGACGCGAUUGACGAAGACGAAGUAUUUAGGGAGCAGAAUGACAGGCCAAUAAUCCAAAGUGAUAGCGAAGAUAGCUCGGAAGUUAUUGAAGUAGAAGAUAGCAUCGGAAUUGCUCGAGCAUUAAAUAAUCCACCGGAUAGAAUUAUUGUUCAGAGUCAAAAUCCUAUACAUCAGGUGUCAAAGGAUAAGCGAAAAGAUUUGGCCGAGCCUAUCUCGUCGCAGACAGUUUUCAAUCAUUCCUCGGGAUCUUACGAGAAAGCAGGUGAUGUGAAUUCAGCGGAUAUUCUGAAGAAGUCAGAAGCCUUCAAUGAGACGAGCAAUGAUCGUUCAACGGAAGAUUAUGAGGAUAUCUCGAGCUCGACAACGAGAAGUUUUGGUGACAGGACAACUCCGUUGCUAAGAAAUUGGCAACAAAAGAAUGCUGAUGACGUGCAAGCGUCGAUGGUAUCGAUGACUACGAUACUUGUAAUAAAUACUACUAGUGAUGAGAUUUCUGAAAAAAUUACUGUUCGUUCUUCAUCUAACGACAGCUAUACAGCUAUGGACCAGAACUCAUCGCCAACCGGUUCGAUCUCCAGCUUCAACGACGAAGCUGUGCCGAGACUAAAGCUUAGCUUCGAAGUUCCUCAACCAGCACAAUUUUUAAAGCCUCCGCUAGAACCUUUUCUCAUUAACGUCCUUGAAGGAACGCGCUAUACAACGAUCGACGAAAAUUCCAAGAUUUCUUGGAGUCCUACUACAACGACCACGGAGAUUCCACAAUUUACCAGUACACUUCCCAAAACUAAUGAGGAUCAGUCGUCGAUCUACGACGAGAACGUUGAAGAACAGUCGUUGAUUGAUUACGCAGACGAAAAUAUCACGCCUAGCUUAGGUGUUCACUCGACUGCUCCGAUAGUCACUGAAGCAUCCACGUCCAUUCCAUGGCUGAUUUCUACGUGGCAUGAUCGAACAAUCGUUGAUGUUCCCGUGACCGAUAUCGUUCCGCCAAUUGUGGACUACAAUGAUGGUUUCGGUGACUUCGUUCCGCCGGAUGAACGUCCAUACACAGAGCAAUUCGAUCAUACCGAACCUGCGGAUUCGCGAAGAACGCAAAGUUCUUCGACAACCUUGAAGAACAACGACAGCGAAACGGAAUUCUUGGCCCGGUUUAACACGGGAUUUCAAUUCACUAUCAGGGAUGCCAUCAAGACUCAAGAGAAAUUGAAAGGAAAUUCCAAAUCAUCCUGCCAUUCUUCAAGCUCUGAUAAACAAGAGGGACGCUGCGAGACAAGUUCUGCCACUCCCAAAAUUACAGUUUCUCCAUCGAGUGUAAAAGACAGGAUUGUUUCGAUUAAUACGAAAGUGACUACGAAGAUCCCAGAACAAUCGACUUUUUCAAGUAGCACAAAGAGUCUGAGAUCAUCGGAAGAAUCGAUGACACCUCUUCCUAAAGAAUAUCAAACUUCUACUGAAAUUUCUGUGAAAUCUUCGAUUACUAGUAACGUUAAUAGUAAUGUAAAUAGUAACGAUACAGAAGAAUUAAAGACAGUUACGCCGAGAGAUGGUUACAGGUUACAAAUCCUAGAUGAGGUGGAAAAGACAGUGGAAACGACAGCAAAUAGUCUAUUGCAUUCGAACCGUCCAGAAUCUUUAAAACAGAUCGAGGAAGCAAUUGAUAAACAUGAUUCUCCAUAUGAAGUAUCCUUUACGGUGAAAAAAGAUGAUCUAGAGACGACCGCGGACGAUUUUAUCAGCCGGUUGAUUGCUCGACACCAACAAUCUUCCUUUUUGAACGACGAACUCGGUGAUUUCGAAAUUAUCAAGUCUGUGGAACCAGAAACAGAAGUCGCUAGUAUUUUGCAGACACCGAAAUUUCCCGACACUAGUCGCACUUCUCUAAACGAUUCAAAUAACAACAGUUUCCAAACUGUCGAUAAGGAUACGGUUAAUCAAAAUAAGCAAUCAGACUCAAACGUGAGCAUGGUGGGUCUUCUCCAACUGAUGGCGGAGUUGUUGAAAUUAGAUCGACUGCCGCGACCGUUUUCAACGAAAGACUUAAGGAGCAUAGAAUUGAAGGAUUCGUUUAAUCUGGACCUCGAUAAACCGUCGUACGUUACAACGAAUUCACGAUUGGAUCAUUUGCAAGAUAGAACGCCGUACAAGAACGAGAAUUUCAAGGUACCUACCUUCGAUACGUUCAAGACACCCGCUACGUUCGCUGAAUCAAAAACGUCACGAAACCUACGUCUCGAUGAAUCAUCAAUCACUACAGCGAGUCCAUUGUCGGAUCACUUACAAGCCGGAACGCCGUUUGGAACUGAAGAUUCCGAGAUAUCUUCUCUAGAUGAUACUUCGAAAAUCUCUAUUGAUCUUGAUUUCAAACCGCCUCCUGAUGUUUCAUCGAGAGUCAACUUUAACGAUACAGCGGAACAAAAGACGAGUCAAUCGAAAUCGAAAAGCGGGAUUGCUCGACCGCUUCAAAAGAAGGAAAUUUUGGAACAAUUGACCGAAAAUCUUGGGCAGCCUCUUUACCGUGAUGAUUCGAUUCGUAGACUGCCCGUCUUUGAUCUGCCGCAGGUGCAGAGGAGUUUGGAUUUCGAGUCCGGUUUACCGAUAGAAGACAGCAAACAUGCCACCGAAGAAGGAAACGAAACUAGAGAACAAAGCGAAAUUGAAGAAGAAAGCGAAACUGAAGAAGAAAGCGAAACUGAAGAAGAAAGCGCAAAUGAAGAAGAAAAUUUCAAAUUUGUUACAACGACGCAAAAAACGACUACAACGACUACAACGGAAUCCACGAAGACUAUCGUGGAGACCGAAUUCGUUCCUUCUCUAGGAUUUUCCCUCGAUACUGACGAAGGUCGCGAGGAAUAUGUACAAGCAGUUCUUGAAGGAUUGAUCGACGACCAUACUGUUGAAAGUGCUAAAAACGAAACCAACAUCGUUCAAGACAGAGUUCUCAAAAACGAGACUUUGGAAGCUGAGCAAUGAGAAUUCAAAAGAUAUUUAAGUGAUCUCGGAAAAAUAUGAAAUAUUAUGAACUUUUGAAAGUCCCUGGGAUGUCUUUGUGAGGAUCAUUUUUCCAACAUUGAUCAAUUAUAAUGACGAUCUUCUUGAUGUUGAUCGAUAUAAACCGUUAAGCUCAAUUUUGUGUUAUAAAAAAAAAACGAAAAUUAAUAAAAUAAAACUUGUUUAUACAUAUUUAAAUAUAGAGUUUAUAGAGCCUCGGAAAUAAAUGUUACGUUAUUUUUCAAAUAAAUAGUUGUAGACAUGCAAUAACCUUUCGUGCGUAUAUUAAUCAUUAAUCAUUUAAUUCAUAAAAAGGUCGUAUAAGACUUUAAGCAUUGACGCUUUCCCCGAAGUUGAUUAGUUUUUUCGCUUUGCUCACUUCAUAUUAGCGAAGCAUAAUUAUUGUCAAAUAUUAAUAUUAUUACUUAUGUGAGAUUUUAGUGACGAAGUUACAUAAUAUAAGAUGUAAAUAUUUUAUAUAAAAAUAUAUAAUAUUAAAAAAUAAAUGACGCGCGUGAAGCGUGCGCUUUGUGUAAUGCAAUAAAAAUAACAAAUAAAAAAUAAAUAAUAACUUCAUGUUCUA